GAGUUCCUUCUGGCUAGGACCCCCAACCAGUUGGCUCCGGUACUUCGUUUGAAGUUGUCCAACACAAGGUCGUCUCAAUUUGGUGGAAAAAGAAUUCAAUUUUGAUUGUUGCAGUUCAUCCUACGAAAUAUUGGCUACAAUUUUUAGAUAACGUUUCAAUUGCGAAUGACCUGAUCGUGUCUGGAUCAUCUGUAGAAAGUUGGCCGGAUAGAAUAAAGGGGGGGAAAAAAAAGGAAAAAAUCAUGUCUUACUACGGGAAAAGCCUUUAUUUGGAUUUUAAUACAUUACCCAAUGUUGAUCGUCGGUUCUCUCUCGGACGUAUCCUAGCAAGAGGAACUUCAGCCACUAUUUAUCACGGCGUUGACCGUGAAGCAGGUGAUCGAAUGGUGGCAGUCAAAGUAUUGAAAAACUUGGCUGAAAACGUAGAGUUCAUCGAGGAAGAGUACAGGAUCUUCAAGAACUUGAGCAGACAUGGAAACUUCCCCACUUUUUACGGUGGGUUCCUCAACAAGUUUGACAAGGCCGAUAAAGAUGAGCUCUGGUUGGUCAUGGAGCAAUGCGAAGGUAGUUCCUUGGGCGAUCUGCUUUACAAUAUGGGCCUGAAAAGUCGCAAGUUGAGUGAACCAUUGAUUGGUUACAUCGUCCGCGAACUACUCAACGCGCUGAGCUAUCUCCAUAUGAACCACAUCAUUCAUCGUGACGUCAAAGCUUCCAACGUUCUUUUGACAUUAGACGGAGGGGUCAAGCUGAGUGACUUUGGAUUCGCAAGACAUUUGAAGCACACGAUGAGUCGACGAUCUACUUCCAUUGGUUCGCCACAUUGGAUGGCUCCGGAAGUCAUAACAAGCAGCCCAAAUGCUCCAGGAACUCUGGAACCACUGGACGAUGACGAAGUCAGGAAAGGCUAUGAUCACCAUUGUGAUGUUUGGUCUCUCGGUAUUACAACUAUAGAGAUGGCCGAUGGAGAACCACCAUUAUGGAAACUGCAUCCUAUACGAGUUUUGUUCCAAAUUGUUAAUAAUCCUCCACCUGAGGUGAAAGUGCCUUCGGACUGGUCGGCAAACUUCAGGGACUUCAUUUCAGAAUGUCUAAUCAAAAAUCCCGAUCAUCGGCCAGUCAUCAUGGAAUUAAUGGAUCAUCCUUUUAUCCAGGAGAUCCCCGAGGAUACGGGAAUGCUGCAAAACCAACUGAAGGUUUUGAUCACGAAACACGCUUCGUCCGUUGAUUUGGAAAGACCGCAUGAAGUUAUCGCUAAAAAUGGCAAGCUGAAGAUGGAACCCGACGGUCCGUUUAAAAAGAUAUAUCCCGACGAUUUGGCAUCACUUGAAAGCGUGGACGAAGAAAAAGUGCUAGUUACUCUCGGCAAUCGCUUCAGUCGUGGCCAGUUUCAAACUUACGCUGGAACUGCCCUUCUUAUCAUCAAUCCACUGGCGGAACAGAUCUCAGUCUACGAGAAAGAGCACCAUGAACGCCACAUGUUCAAAGCUCGCUCUGACGAGGAACCCCACGUUUAUGCAGUUGUCGAUCGAGCUUGGCAAGACAUGCUUCACCAUCGAGAACAUCAAAACCUUAUUCUAUCGGGUGAUCGUAACUCUGGCAAGUCUUUUAAUUUCGCCCAAAUCAUUAACCAUCUAUGCUACAUGGCAAAGGGCAAUCAAAUGGUGGCUGAACGAGUUGAGCAGCUGCCUGCAAUCCUCGAUUGUUUCGGCAACGCGGCCACAGAAGGAAACGCCAACAGUUCCCGACAUGUCCGCUAUAUAGAUAUGAAAUUUACCGAAAGUGGCAAACUUAGUGGAGCCAUCAUAAGCAUUUACCUACUGGAGAAAUGGCGUAUAAGCGAAUCGCUUUCAAAGUCAAACCGCAACUUUCACAUCUUCUACUACGUCUAUUACGGACUGAAAUAUGAGGAGCUUUCGGAAAAAUACUUUCUCGACGGUCAGAGAGACAUGCGUUUUCUACCGAUCGGUGACACAGACGCCGAAAUCGGUUACUACUUAAAUGGCUACAAAAAACUGAAGAAACAUCUUCGUUUUUGGGAUAUGGAAGGAGAAGAACAAGAAUUCAUUUUCCAAACAAUUGCGGCCAUACUCCUUCUCGGUCAGAUUCGAUUCGAUGAUCAAAACGGCCAAUCAUUCAUUGCCAAUCCCGACAUCUUAAAUAAAGUUGCAACCCUCUUGAGCGUUGAGUCAUCCAAACUCGGAUGGGCUUUGUGUAACAGCUCAAAGUUCAAAAAUGGAAACGUGGAAGUAGAAUCAAGCAGUAUAAGUGAAUGCGGCCAAUCUCGUGACGCCCUUGCAAGAGGAUUGUAUUCUCGUCUAGUCGAUUGGCUAGUCAACAUCCUCAACCUCAACAUGUGCCUCGGAAGAAAAGCCUUUGGUGAGAAAAAUUCAAUGGGAAUUCUAGAUCCUCCAGGAUUUGACAGCGCGUCACGCAGAAAUUCAUUCGAGCAGCUCAUUUCCAACAUCACCAAUGAGCAAUUGUCUUACCAUUACAAUCAGAAUCUUUUCUCGUGGGAAAUGCAAGACUACAAUGACGAAGAGAUACAGAUGGGAAAAUUUGCUUUCAGAGACAACCGGAGCGUGCUGAACGCAAUGCUUUCAAAACCCGAUGGUCUGCUUUCUGUCAUUGACGAGCAGUCACGCGCCCCCGACGCCAAUGAUCAAACUAUACUAGAACAUUUCGAACGAGUCAUUUCACCCCAACACGUUCAAACCGAGAACGAUGGCAAUUUCCUUGUCCAUCAUUCGGGCGGUGAUGUCCGCUAUCGCAUUGAUGAUUAUUUGAAGAGAAACAAUGAUUUCCUGUCGGCUGAGUUGAUAGGCGUCAUGAGAAAGUCGAAUAACGCGCGUAUAGUCAACGUUUUUACCAACAAAAUGACCAAGACGGGACACGUCACCAGUGAUCCAUCUAACACUCAGAAAGUGAAAAAAAGUGCAUCACUUGGUGUACCAACGAACAACAAGGGAUUCAACACCUUGUCGCAAGGACAAUAUUCGCAGACUCGACAGAUGCAGACAAUGGCUAUGAAAACGCGUCAGUCAUUGAUCCAGCUUUUGCAGAAGCUAGUGCAUGGCAGUCCACACUUUAUCCGCUGUUUGCGACGAUGUAAAACUGCAUCAGCCACUGUCGUUCUGGACAAAGCUUACCUUGCCGAACAGAUACGUGGCUGCAACCUUGUCGAGACAAUCAGAAUCCGCCAGAAUGGAUAUGCUUAUCGCAUUCCCUUUGUCGAGUUUCUACGCAGGUAUCAAUUCCUGGCUUUUGAUUAUGAAGAAACUGUGGACAUGACACAAGAUAACUGUCGGUUGCUCCUCCUUCGUCUCAAGAUGCCUCAGGAAGGCUGGAUGAUGGGAAAAACCAAAGUCUUUUUGAAAUACCAUACGGAGGAAUAUCUUUCCAGGCUUUAUGAAUCGCAAGUGAGGAAGAUCAUUAAAGUCCAGGCCAUCAUGCGAGCUGUGAUGGUCAAACUGAAAAAGAAACAAGGGAGAAGCAGUCGUCCUGCUCAACGACGACAACCCAUUCGUACAGCAAACGACAUGAGCAAGGAUGAAGCAGCUCUGGCUAUUCAAAAGAGCUAUAGAGGCUAUUCGGUUCGUAAAGAAUACGGCUGCGCACCGGGCAAGCCCAAGCGUUUCAAAUGCGUCACAAUUCAGGAGGAAGCGGCCAACACCAUCCAGUACUUUUGGCGGAAGUGGAAGGGCAAAACCAUCUACCAGCAGCUGCUCCUCUAUCGUGCAGCAAAGCAGCAGGACCUCACUUACUUUUGCCAACAGGUUCACAUUUACAACCAAGAGUCUUGCGGUAAUAUCCGGAAAACUGAAGCCCCUGUAAAUUUAAGGGAAAUCAGUAUUCGGCCACGUCUAGCAAACCGAUCGAUUCCAAAACCUACUGGCCCCAAAAAACUACCAUUGCUUCUGAAAAAUCGUCAUUUUCUUGACACAACUUUCAUGUGUGUCAAGGCUUUCAACAAGAGCGAUUUAGUUGUGAAACAGAAACCGACAAGUUUGGAUUUACCAAAUGUUGCCCCAGUGAAUAAAAACAACAGGACGCCCAGUCCACCGUCAUCGCAAUCUCCCAGCCGAUAUGGCCGAUAUGACGACAAGUCACCUGCAUCUCGAAAUCGGACUCCUUCGCCGAAGCAAUCCCCUAGUAACCCGGUAACCGAACGAAGCAUUUCUCCUAAUACCAAUGGUGCUUCGCCUAACAAGAUUAACAUCCAAGUGACUGAAUGGAAUAGAAAAUCACCUGAGCCUCCCAAGUAUGGGUUGUCAAAACCUGUGGGUCCAAAAGUCAAUGUACAGCCCACAUACACAGGCUAUUCUAUGGCAAAACCAUCUGACCAACGGCAGAUUGCUAAAGAAAUUGAGAGAAAAGCUGUUGAACUUGGAAAAACUUCCAAUGAAGAAGAUGCUGCACCAUUCAAUUUCCAAGGGAUGCUUAAAAAAACCAAUUAUAGCAGAGGUUCAUUGAAAAGACAAAAUGGUGAAAAAGCCGACACUGAAAAUACUUUUGGAAACAGGGCUACGAGCCCAUCAGUUGUUUAUCAGUCAAAACCAGGAUAUUCACCAACCAACAUUAAAAUCAAUCACCAAGCGCCAUCACCAACUCUUAAGCACCAGAUUAUCCCAGGAUUGGUCAUUGAAGGAGAAGAAGCAGACCUUUGAAGUUUCAACAAAGUUCCAUCUCGAAAAAGAAAAGGAGAGACAAGUGGCGCUGCGUGUAGUCGGGAUAUGUGAAACGUAACGUGCGAUGGAGGACGCUCUCCUUCUGCUCUAACGUGAAUCCAUGACUGAUGUUCUCAUUAUAAGAAAAUUGUGAAUAGUUAGUUCCCCUCUUUUUAUUUUAUUUUAUUUUAUUUUUUGUGCUUUGUGAUACGCACCUGCCGCCUCAUCCCCCCCACUACCCUCUGCAUACCCUUCUUCCAUUUUCACCGGCCCCUUCUGCAGCUACUUACCUUUACGGCGCCCGAAAUGUAAUGUAAUAACCGCCAUUAGUGCACAGUGCGUACUUCAGUACUUACAUAUUAUUCCACUCUCUCCCCUUGACUGUGGUCUUCCUCUCAUCUUCUUCUUUUUCUAUAAAUCCCCCCCUUUUCUUCGUCCAUUUCUUUUUUUCAUGUCCGUGUACGUUGCGUCCCAUCCAUCUUUUUCGCUGCUGUUGCAGCAGCCCUUGCGUGUUGCUUUUUUUUUUCUUUUCGUGUUCUUCUUCAUCAUCAUCAUCCAGCAGCCCAUCUUCGGCUGUAUUCUCCUUGAAUAACAUCUUAUAAUGUCAGCAGCUGCUGGAUAUGUCUGUCUUUUUCACGCCCCCCUCUGGUUUCAGAGAUAUCGCAUUUCAUUACAUUACAGAUAGCUCCUUUUUCCUGCUCUAUCCGUCGGGUGGUGUCUUUAAAAAAAAAAAAAAAAGAAAAAGUAAAAUGGUUUUUUAUUUUUUUAUUUUUUGUCGGCAACAACGUAAGGGAAAAAUCUCGGAUGGGUGUGUUGAAAAAAACAGCUGUGACGUCAGCACGUAUGAAAAUGGACAAACCCUUUUGAAUGUUCAAUAAAAUUUCGGGCAUGUGUA